AUGUUACAACCGGUCGCGCCACUGCCACCAUCAACGAUAUCAACUGAAGAACCGCCCCCGCUCUUUCCAGACUCCCUCACAUUGUCUCCUUUCGCACAGAAUCAUCAUCAACAACAACAAAGGCCACCUCGGCGCAAAUACGACGGCACCAGCAGCAGUAGCAGCAGCAGCAGAAGUAGUCAAGUCCGCAACGCCAGCAAUGUUUGGAGGAAGAUCAACCGGAUGGACAAUACGCAACAAGCUCAACAACAAGGAAAAAACUGCGUCGUCAAGCUAGUCGGGGCUCGUGGUUUGACGGCGAUGAUACCUACAAAGGCGGAUGAGAGCAACAGAUCUAUCAUUGAUGAAUCUGUUCAUACUGCAAGAUUCAUUCAAUCUGGCAGCUCGGCCGCAGCAACGCCACUACCUUCGUCUCUCCCAGCACUUCCUAGCAGUGGUGGCAUUAUCAUCCCGUGUCCUCGAGUACGAUCCAAGCAUGCAAGCAGCAGCAGCACAACAACAACAACAACAGCGAAUAGUGAUGAUACGAUGCAACAAGCUCGGAUACGAUGCACACGGAUCAAAGUAAGACGAGCAUGUACCAUCAACACCACCACUAACCACACCAGCAGCGACAAGACUUCCGCAAGUGUCGACAUGCUCAACCGCUGCCCUAUCAUCGACACAGUAGAGCUGAAAGUUAGUUUGUCUCGACCACUACUCCUGCCAAACAAGACCGACGAACUACUGCAUCAUCAUCAUCAAUCACUAUGGUACCCUGCGUACCAACUUUCGUGCUACAUUUCUGUCCCAUUUUUCAGCCGCGUACGAAAUCAAGAUUAUGUUGGAACGAUUACCUGCUUUGAAGAGGCUCUUUGGCAGCACUCAAGGAACGCAAUGUUGCUCACAUUUGAAACUUUCACGAGUUACAUCAAAUACUGA